AUGACUGAACAAUCUGAAAGGUCAAAGGGUAAACAGAAUCCAGAAAAUCUCCCAAUUCGCACUAUUAUUCCUGACUCUGCCUCUGAUGAAAGCACUAUUGUUGAAGACAGUGAUGAAAGUGAUGAGAUUGGAGUAGAGAGUUAUUCUUCAGGAGAAACAGAAGCUGAAGAAUUAGAUCCUGGUCUUGAAUGCCAUGAUGAAGAGUCAGAAGAAGAACCUCAGAAAUCACCAUCCUUUCCUCUAUGGUUCAAAAAAGCUCUUGAGGAAAAAUUGGCCAUUGUUGAGAAAAGGGACAGCAACAGAACACUUAUAUUUUAUGGAACUUAUGAAACCUUCUGGGUUCCUAAAAAAGCAGGAUGGUUUGUAAUGAUAAAGGCAAAAUCUCUUGAGCCUGAAUCUCUUUAUGACUUUGGGCUAUUCUACUGGGAUCCAGAAUUAUUGGCCAAAAUCAAAUGCCUGGUUUGCAAGAUCUCUUGGUUAACUCGUCAUGGACUUCAAAAGAUACCCCGUCGAUGUGUUGGUCUUGAUAAAUGCUUUUGGAUGAUUGGUGCACGAUAUAAAUGUCCAACCUGUAAAAAUCCCAAAACUGGGAAGCAUACAGUCACAUUUAUGAGCUGGGACUCAAGUAUUUUAGCAGCAUUGCCAAAAGCACUUGCAGCUGAAUUUCCUGUAGUUCUCACAAUGAAAAGUGCUCUCUCAUCUCCUAUUCUUGCCUUGCAAUGGUCUCUAUUCCAAAAAGGGCUGGGAGCAAAGCAAUUCUCCAACAUUCUGACCACUUUGCAUAACCCAGGAAACUCAAAACAGGGAAAGACUGCAGUAGUUGCUAUCUCAUUUGAGAGCCACAUCUUUGUCCUUCAAAUAUCCCAAUAUACAAAGGCUGGAAAGCUUCCAGUUGCAAUCAAAAAUAUACUUGCAGCUCCAAAUGCAAGAGUAAGCUUGACAGAGUUAUCAGCUUUGGUUUUGGGCUUCAAGUUGAACAAGGAUGAUGCUAUUCGAGUGAGCACUGAAUGGGAAAACAUCAAUCUUUCUCAGGAUCAGAUUAUGUAUAUUGCCCAAGAUGCACAUGCCUCAAAGUGUAUAUAUGAAAAACUUGUUCAGCUUGAAAAAUAUGGAAAUGUGCCUCAAAAUGCAGCACCAGGGUUACCAGUUAUAAUUUAUCAGGAGGAUGGGCAAAAAACAAUUGCAUAUGGUGCCUGGUCUUCAUUAAAUACUGAAGAAAAUGCAGUUGUUGAUGAUAUUGCUCUACAAACUUCUGAUAAAUUAAUUGCAAUUGAGAUCCAGAAAUUUUCUGUUCCAGGAGCAAUCAUUGAGAGCCAUAAGAAAAAGGCACUCAAAGACUUCAGGCCACCACCUUUUGUACUUAUAUACCAGUUGCAACUGGAUGCUGAAAAUCCAAACUCUACUGGUGACUCCUGGACUGGUGAUGCUGAUCUUGAGGUACACCCAAAUUCUCUCCCAGAAACACCAGCUCAAAACCUAGAACAUGAUCCUGUCAGCACUCAAAUUGGCCAUGAAGCACUUACUGAAUAUCAAUUCCAAAAACUCAUGGACUCUGUCUACAAUUUGCAAGAGCAAUUUGAGGCACGAUUAAAAUCUGAGGGGUCAUCAUGGGAUGAGAAAUUCAAAUUCCAGCCAAAAUCACUUUGGAAACUUGUUCGACGGUAUAUACCACCUCCAGAACAACUUUAUGAUUUAGUUGAAAACAUCUUUAAAACAUAUGGGCCUUUGAAAGACUCUAUAGCUGGGCAACCUUUAUUUUCACCAACUGCCUGGAAGAGUGCAUGGAACGUCUUGAAAGUGAUUCAAGCUGGAUAUCUCUCAGAUCCCCCUGGCAUUCCACUGUACUAUCAAGUUGGCCUUGACAGAAAGAAAAAUGGAUUACCAGUGUGGCGAUGCAUCAGAGGCACAAACUUUACUGAAGGAGGUGUUCAUCAUUCUAUUCGAGCUUGUUUUCCAGAUUCUAUCAUCUCAUCUUGCAAUGCUGUCAACAGACUGGCUGAUUCUCAACUUCACCACAAUCUUCAUGUUGGAACAAAAAACCAAACUGGACAUAGAUUUAUUGGUCAUGAUGAUAUUUGGCUUUAUGAUGAACUGCAAACAAUGAUUGAGAAAACUAGAAUUCAUGUUCCACUUUCCUACAGGAUUCAAGGUUGGACUAAUGGUUCACUCUAUGUGGAUACAUCUGAAGUCUCAGGAAUUUUGCCAAUCCCUUCCAUACUGCAUACUAAAGCUCUAAUGCAGCCAAAUAUUCCUGGGGUUAUUUCAAAAUCACUUCAUCAGUUUCUUGCUCAACGACAACAAACACAAUUUGCAGUUAUUGCUGUUCAUACUGUUCCAGAGAAACUGUUAUUUUCUCAUCUUAUUCAAACAGACCCAUUUUUUAAUCGUGAUAAACAAGAGCCUGACUGGAAGACUGCUGUCCAAAUCUGGAACCGUGAUCAUGCUGAUAGUAAAACCAUAUUUUACAAGACAAAUGUUGCACAUCUUGCAACACAAUCCCAAACUAGAUCUCAAUGCAAAGGAGUUGAAGCUCAAAUUCAUAACCCUGAAAGAAAUACAGCUUCACAAAUUUAUCAUGCAAUAACACUACCAGUGGCCCAGCCUCCAACAUCAGGAAAGCAACUGGACCAAGUGUAUUGCCCAGUGGAAAUAAUACCUCAGGGCAACAGAAAAACAAAAAAUCUACACAGGAUGUUGGUCUGA